GUUAGCUUUUCGGCUACAGCCUCGGGUUGCGAUGUUUUUAAAGAGUGGAGAAAUUGGAUUUUUAGAAGCUCCCACCGAUUGAAUUCAACACUAUCUAUUUAUCUAUCACUAUCUAUAUCUAUUUGUCAGAAGUACUUUGGAUACGAUUUGAACAACCAUGAUGACCUCAGCAACAUGCACGGUUGGUUCCAGAAACUCUUGAAAUCGAGAGGAUCUUUAUCAAAGCAACACAAUAAAGAAGCCACAAAAGGUUCAGUGUCUUCUGUUAGCGGUGCAUUAACAUCAUCCUCAUCUACAUUACCGUCGUGCUCUUCGUUGUCGCUGUCAUCAUCACCCGGGGAAACCCCCACAAAACCAUGGCAGCUGCCUACUGUUCUCAGUUCUGAGUUGAGAUGGAAAAGAAAGUAUGACGUAUUUGUUUGUCACAGUAGCGCCCAAAGUGACAUUGAAGAGGCCACACGCCUGGUCUCCUUCCUCGAGGAUUCGCCCCGCAGCCUCAGGUGCUUUCUUUGGCAGAGGGACGCAUGUCCAGGAGGUGCAGUUUGCACCGAGUUUUGUCAGGCAGUGGAGAACAGUCACUUACGAGCUCUGCUUAUCACUCCUAAUUUUGUUCAGGAUGAUUGGUGUAAUUAUAUGAUGCACCAGGUACUGACAGAGGGACCCAUGUCCAAUAGGAUGAUUCCUCUGCUUCACAGCCUGUCCCACUCUCAGUACCCUAAGGAGCUGAAGUUCUACUACUACAUUGACCUGAGCAGGAACCCCAUUCAAGCCUAUACGCUUGUCAACAGGACGGUACUCCAGUACCUGGAGGACCUGGUUAAAAAAGAGGUGACUCAUAAUUUCCAGAUGAGUGGCUCUAGCAGUGGAUUAGAUGGAGCAGACAUCUCAAAAGAAGACAAGCUGAUGUCCCAGCACAGCCCUGCUGGGACUGCUAUUCCACUGGAAGUGAUGCGAAAGAGCCAUAAACACUUUAGUGACAUUUCCUGUGAUCAUCAGGAGCAGCAAUUAAAGAAUAUGACGCAGGAAGGGAGAAACUUAGCUACUGACUGACCUCCGUUUUAGUGUUCCUUUUAUCACAGCGUGCGGUUAUUGCUUUUUUAACACUGGAUAUGUGGCAGAACAAUUAAAAUGAUCAGCAUGGGAAUUAAAUUUUCCUGUCACAGCUUGUGAACUAUAGUGUGAGUGGGUAAGAUAUUUAAAUGUAAACAUUAAAGGAGUUUGUGUUUGUAGUCUCAGCUUUGUAAUGAGAGGAGGUUGUCUUUUCCACUAGGUGGUGUAUUCUACUGCAAAUUCCGACAAUAGAGAGUACCAGUGAGGAAACAUGAAUGGGUCAUAUCAUGAGGUCUGUGUGUAUGUGUGUGGGUUGUGUAUGAGAAAGGGAAAUACCCACCCAUUACAAACUGCUGACAGUGGUAUGACAUUUGAACUGGGCUUCGAGUAAUAA